GCUCCUUCCUACCUCCCAAACAAAAAGGCACCACCAAACACUACCCAAAAUGAAUCUCCACUUACAAAAACCCGCCCCUUCAGCGGCCUUCUUUACGACGGCGCUACUACUAAUUUUAGCCACCAUCGUGGCGGCAGCAGCAGCCACUGCUCCGCCGUUCGCCUGUGAUUCGUCGAAUCCUAACACGAAAAAACACGCAUUUUGUAGAGCGAAUUUGCCUAUUAGGAAACGAGCUAAGAAUUUAGUUGCUCAACUGACUUUAGACGAGAAAGCCUCUCAGCUAGUGAAUGGUGCCCCUGCUAUCCUCCGCCUCGGGAUUCCGGCGUACGAGUGGUGGUCGGAGGCGUUGCACGGGGUGGCGAAUGUCGGUCGUGGUAUUUUUCUCAAUGGCACCAUCCGCCGUGCUACUAGCUUCCCACAAGUUAUUCUUACUGCUGCUUCUUUUGAUCCCCAACUCUGGUACCGCAUUGGUCAGGUAAUAGGAAAAGAAGCAAGAGGGGUAUACAAUGAAGGACAAGCAAAAGGAAUGACAUUUUGGGCACCAAAUAUUAACAUUUUCAGAGAUCCAAGAUGGGGUAGAGGCCAAGAGACCCCAGGAGAAGACCCUUUGAUGACUGGUAAAUAUGCAAUGUACUUUGUUAGAGGCUUACAAGGCGACUCCUUUCAAGGUGGCCGACCGCUCGGUCGCAUUCAAGCGUCGGCGUGUUGCAAACACUUCACUGCCUAUGAUUUGGAGCGCUGGAAUGGUGUCACUCGCUACGUCUUUGAUGCUCAUGUGACUGCACAAGAUCUAGCAGAUACAUACCAGCCUCCAUUUGAGAGCUGCAUACACCAAGGAAGAGCCAGUGGAAUAAUGUGUGCCUAUAACCGCGUUAAUGGAGUUCCUAAUUGUGCUGAUUACAAUCUCUUAACUAAAAUAGCUAGAGGAAAAUGGGCUUUUGACGGGUAUAUUACUUCAGACUGUGAUGCAGUAUCAAUCAUACAUGAUGCUCAAGGGUAUGCUAAAACACCUGAAGAUGCAGUAGCUGAUGUCCUAAAAGCUGGAAUGGAUUUAGAUUGCGGAACCUACCUGCAGAACUACACAAAAUCAGCAGUACAACAGAAGAAAGUGGCAGAAGCACAGGUAAACAGGGCACUUGAAAACUUGUUUGCAGUGAGAAUAAGGUUGGGUUUGUUUGAUGGCAACCCCAAAAAGCUGCUGUUUGGGAGUAUCGGCGCUGCUCAGGUGUGCACCCGGGAGAGUCGGGCAUUAGCUCUGAUGGCUGCUCAAUCUGGAAUUGUUUUGUUGAAGAACAAUAACAAGCUGCUCCCAUUACCCAAGGGAAAACCCUUGUCCCUUGCUGUUAUAGGUCCUAAUGCCAACAGAUUCGAGGCACUUCUAGGCAAUUACCACGGUCCGCCUUGCACUUCUAUUACCCCGUUUCAAGCAUUACAGAGUUAUGUCAAAAACACAAGAUUUUACGAAGGAUGUAACAACGUGGGUUGUUCUGCUGCUUCCAUCCAAGAAGCCGUGGCAAUUGCAAAGGGAGCAGACUAUGUUGUGCUGAUAAUGGGAUUGGAUCAAUCACAAGAAAGAGAAGACCUUGAUCGCACGAACUUGGUGCUUCCCGGUAAACAAUAUAAUCUCAUCACUCAGGUGGCUAGAGCUGCAAAGAAGCCGGUGGUAUUGGUGAUCCUCUCUGGCGGUCCAGUUGAUAUAACCUUCGCCAAAGUAGAUGCGCACAUCGGCAGCAUCAUCUGGGCUGGUUACCCUGGUGAAGCAGGUGGUGUUGCACUCGCACAAGUCAUUUUUGGAGAUCACAACCCAGGUGGGAAAUUACCAGUGACAUGGUAUCCAAAAGAAUUUGUCAAAGUGCCAAUGACAGACAUGAGGAUGAGAGCAGAACCUUCCAGGGGAUACCCGGGGCGCACUUACAGGUUCUACAAAGGCAGGAAAGUCUUUGAAUUCGGACACGGUCUAAGUUACACAACCUACUCGUACAAGUUCAUUUCAGUUCCACAGACAAGUCUGAAUCUGAAUUCAGUAGGAAAUCUCAAGGUGGCUAAAACUGUUGAUUCUACAAGGUAUGCUGUAGUUUCAGAUAUGGAGUCAGAAUCCUGUAAGACGAUGAAGUUUGCAGCUACUGUUGGAGUGAGCAAUGAAGGGGACAUGGAAGGAAAGCACCCGGUGUUGUUGUACACGAGGCAAGAAAACGCCACCGACGGAAGUCCGGUAAAGACGUUAGUCGGGUUCGAGAGUGUUAACUUGAAAGCAGGGGAAAAAACAGAAGUCCUUUUUAAAUUAAACCCUUGUGAACACCUGAGCAGAGCUGAUGAAAACGGGCUUAUGGUGGUAGAGGAAGGCACUCACCUUUUAGUUGUGGGCGAUCAAGAGUUCCCGAUUUCCGUUCAUGUUGCUUGACCGACUGACACCAUGAACAUCAACCCUAAAUAAUAGGGGUAACCUGCCAACAUCAGAGGAAAUAUCAAAUAUGAUUAUUCUUGUAGUUGUAAUACUACAAAAGGAAAUCAGGCAGCCACUGAGAAAGCAAAGUGUUCAUCUAAUCUCUGUAAUUUGGAACAAAAAUUAUGCAACGAUGAAAUUAUGCUGUAAACAUUUUUUUAUGAUUACACAUAAAAGCAUCUAUAAGUCAUAACCUCCUGCAAUGGCUUAUGUGAA